AUGUCAUUGAUAACUAUUGACAGGUCACUUAUAGAACCAGAAACUGAUUGUGUCGAUUCAAUUGAUGGCGACAAGUAUGAGUGUUCAUCUAGAAGCAGCCGAAGUGAAGAUUUCAUGAUGUGCAAAGGGACAGCUAUAGGCCUGAACAUUCACUCAAGAAGAAAUUCUGGUUGCAAUAAAUCAAACGAUCAAAUGCAGGAUCAUCUGAAAAGAAUAGUCUCUAUCCUUCGAUUUGGAGACUUUAUUCAGCUGAUUGUCAAGCUUCAGAGUGCCAAUCCAAAGCCUCAUCAAAACAGAUAUUGUUGUGUUAUAUCUACUUAUGGGAAGCUGGGAACUGAAGAAUCUUUCGUCCUAGGUGUAGAUAUAACUGAGGGACAAGCUACUGUGGGUUUGGUUCUAGAAAUAUGGCAAGACAUGUCAAUCAAUUUGUGUGGUGAUGGUGGGUUUGAAUUAAUCACUAAGCAUACAGUAAACCAAUUCAAACCUGUUUCUGUACAAGCUUUAUGGGCUGCAUUUCAGGCUGUCAAUAAAGCGUGCCAAGUGGCUCGAGAUAAUGCUUAUUUCUGUCGGGGUUUCACCCAUGAUUGGGUCAGUUACUAUCAUAAUUUGCCAGCGUCAUCUACACACCAAAUACAAGAAUGGUUGAGAACGGAUGAAAGUGAUGAAUUCAUUCAGUCGUUAUCUUGUUCCCCUCUCUCGGAUAGUGCAACUGACGAGGAAAAACAACGUGCUGAAAUGGAAGUAUUAAUUCGUGUAAAAUUACAAGAAAUCAUGUAUACAGUUGACUUAGAAGAAGUUACCGUCUUUCAACUUCGUGAACUAUUAGAAGAAGAAUUUAAACAGCCAUUACACAAAUUUCGUCAUUUUAUUGAAAAACAAAUCCUUACAAUUUGUGGUCAAAUGGAUAAAGCAAGUGUAAUAUUUGAUCAUGUUCUAUUGGGUACAUCAUUCAAUGCAUCAAAUCGUGAUGAAUUGAAACGUCUCAAUGUAACGCAUAUUUUAAAUGUAACACGUGAAGUGGAUAAUUUUUUUCCCGGUGAUAAAUUUGAAUAUAAAAAUAUCCGAAUAUACGAUUACGAACAAUCGACAUUGUUACCUUAUUGGGAAGAAACGCAUCGAUUUAUAAAUGAAGCUAAGAUUAUGGGUACACGAUGUCUUGUUCACUGUAAAAUGGGCAUAAGUCGUUCAGCAUCUACGGUCAUUGCAUAUGCUAUGAAAGAAAAUAAUUGGGAUUUAAAAACUGCGUUAUCUUACGUAAAAGCUCGUCGUCCAUGUGUACAGCCUAAUCCAGGUUUUAUGAGAGAACUACACACUUAUCAGGGUAUAUUAGAAGCAAGCUCCAACCGAUAUAAGCCUAUAUUUCACAAUAAUGAAGUCAAGUCAACUAAAACGGUAUCCCCAGAGUACAAAUCAGUCGAUAACCAACAAAAUUAUUGUCCACCAAAUGUUUUAAUUAAUAAGUCAACUGGAAAUGAACAGGAUAACAAUUUAUCUUCAUCUACCAUGAAAGUAAAUAUGACCAGUAAAAAAUUAGAACAAAAUCCAUAUAAUAGUACUGUUAUGAAUAGUAGUUUAAUUGCAGAUGGAUGUUUACCGACUACUCAACUUUCUUCCUCUCUGUCUAAUUUUUCAUCUUCAACAUCGACCGUAAUAACAACUCCACUUUCAUCAUUAUCAUCACCGAUAGUAGCACAACAGUCCUCCUCUUCGUCUAAAUGUAAUGAUCACCUUACAAAUAUCAUUCAUCAAGAUUGUGAUUGUAAUUGUACAUUAAAUUUAGAAACUGAAUUAUCUGCCUUCAAACAUUCAGUUAUUCCCGAUUUAACAACAAAAUUUACUACUCCUAAUAAUAUUUAUCUUUUGAAUAAUAAUAAUAAUAAUAAUAAUAAUAAUAAUAAUAAUAAUAAUAAUAAUUCAAAACUGGAUAAACAAAAACAAAAUUCGCCAUCAUCAUUGCAACAACAACGACAAGAGGAUAAUCAAUUAUUGUUGAAUGGAUCAUCACCAUUAGAUAAUGUCGUCAAAUCUUUGUCUCCAUCACAAAUGUAUCGACCAGUUCUCUGGUAUUUUAAUGAUACAAACGAUGAUAAAGCGAAGAGUUCAGGUGUUGUAAAUAGUACGAUUGUAGCAAAAGAUUCUCAUUGUUUACGCCAAUGCCAUCCAGAUGUAUGUGAAAAUGUUAAUGGCUCAGAUCGACAUUGCAUUUUGAAUAAUACUAAUAAAUUGCAAAAAGCUAUAUCACCAUCGCCGUCUUUACGUAUUGCUGCGACUUCUCCUUGUGCCAUAACAUCUGUCAGUAACCCACAACAACAACACAUUCACCAGUUGAAUUAUGCUGAUACUGUGUCAUCUAUGCCGUGGGAUUAUGCAACUGAAUUAAAAAUGAUGCCGUCUACGAAACAUGCUAAACUUUGUAUUAUUCCGUAUGAACCAAUUUGUAUUCCAUUGAUUACAUGUCAACUAGUUUUACACGCAUCAAUUAUUGUAAAUUCAUUGAACAUAGAUAAAUAUGUCACAAGAAAGAAACAUGUGGAUAUAGAAGCAAUAACAGAUGAUGAACGCACAAAAUAUUCAGAUAGGAAAUCAUCUAAUGUACUGUAUAUGUCAUCCCGAUUGUCCGAAUCCAAUUUAUUGAUGACUUCAGUGAGUCAAGGUAAAAAAGAAAAAAUACUAACAUCAUACGAAUCCACAUUUACUCCUACAUUGAAAUGGAGAAAGAAUCAAUUUAUAUGUAGCAAUUCUAACACUACGACCACUACUACUAACAUAUUGACCACUAGAAAUGAUGUAUCAAAUGCUACAUUUUUAUCUUAUCCUCAUCAAUGUGAUUUAAUGAAACAGUCAACCACUAAACAUCAAUAUAUGUCACCAAAUGAUUGUAUUAAUAAAUCCAUAAAUGAUAAUAGUAAUGAUUUAAUGGAAAUUAGUUUUAUUCCUUUGUCAUAUAUAAAAAUGGCAUUGACUGAACGAAGGAAAUCAUCUUAUCCCGAUUUAUUCAUGCUAAACACUAAUCAAAAUGUUACAACAAAUCAUACUAUUGUCGUAUUACCAGAACGUUCACAUUCUACUCGAUCAUCUCGUACAUCAGCGCGUCUUCGACCUGAUAAUAGUUGGAUUAUGAAUUAUGAUUCUUGUAUAGAUAAUACUGUUACUUCCAAUUCAUCGAAUUCUAUUAGUACUACUAGUAAUACUACUACUAUAACUAAUCAUUACACUAUAACGAAUUCAUGUUCACUCUUCACUAGUUCCUCAAAUUUAUCUUCUAAAGCAAAUCGUACUCAUGAUUCACAAUCAGUCGUCAUUCCUCAAAUUUUUAAUCAAUCUGUAAUUUCAUCAAAGUCUGUUCAUAGUUCAUUAUCGUCGAAUAACAAUGAAAAUAUGAAAAGUGAAUGGAAUCAUUUACAAAUAAAAUGCCCAAAAUCCCAUAAUCGGAUGUUUAUUGGUUCUGUUCCCAGUUCUGAUUACUAUACCAAAAAUCACAACUACAAACCAAUUACCACUUCUACUUAUCGUCCGUUACGUCAUCUGAUUAAUAACUGGCCUCCACCUCAACCAAUCGAUCCAAGUAACUGAAUCUUAUUGUACAUAAAUCUGGGCUAUUCUGUCAAAUGACUUGCUUUUCUCUAUUUACUCCUCACCUCUUUCCUUCUCUCUCUGUUCUAUGCUCCAAUUCUGUGGUAUUUCGUUUAAUAACAAUGACGAAAUAUCAUUCUAAGACAAAAUGUAGAUUAUUAUUGAUUGAGGACAGCAACAAUAUCAUACAGAGUAGAUGAAAUACGUUUGUUCCUUUUUCUUACAGCCAUCACAACACUUGUUAUUUAACCAGUGAAAUAUAUACCAGUAUUAAGUGUUUUGUACAUCCAUUAAUUUGAAAUCAGCACAAUAAAAUUCCCAAUAUUUAUUUGUGUAUGUAUGAAUCACAUGGAAAUGAGUAGCUUUAUUUCAUGAUAUUUGAUUAUCCAAUGACUUAAUAUAAUAACGUACAUAUAAAUAUUUCUAUCCUCUCUCACAUCAGAUUUCAUCAUAGUCGUUUAGUCUGUUUGUUUCAGAGAAUUAUGCUUCUAUUUCUUCGUUGAGCAGAAAUUUCCUUAUCUUAUGAAACAGUUUAUAGAUGCACGUACACUAACUUACAUUCAACCAAUUAAUAAUCAACUGUAGGUUUUAUCUCUUGAAUUUUGCAACAGUAAUUCAUGAAACUCUAUAGUCAUAUUUGUUAUGUUUUGUGUUGGAUUCUUUGUGUAAGUUAUUUGCCAAAUAUGGCGUUUGGUUAUUUCACCUUCAAACCCACUAAUCAUCAUACCCUUUAUGGUCAGGUUCAUUGUGUCAUGUGCAAUCUAUAUGUAGUUGAUGUAUUUAACAUGAAAUAUAUGAGCAGAAAAACAUCACUAUUCAACUGAAAUGAUGAGAAGAUGGAGGUUUAGUGUUUGAAAGUGAACAUUUUUAAUUCUAAAUUCACUGACUCGAUUAGGUACUUGACCAUGAACCAUAUUCGAGUUAUGAGGGCUAAUGACACUACGCGGUUUCUCAAAUCAAAGUGGAGCAAUAUUCAAACCUGGGACUUGCCUACAUUGACUGAAAGUUGUACCCCUAAAUUACUAAGCCACUUUAGUGAACAACUGUCUCCUACUAUUGUUAUCGUUAAAUUAUAUAUUUUUAUUAAAAGUAAACACUCCUUAUUGUUUUUAUAGGUAGAUUGACUAAAUGGUGAAGUUUAUGAGAAUUUUUUCUUGUGUAAUGAUUGAUCGAUCCUGGCGAGAAGCAUCAAUGUGAUUAUAUGGUAGUGUUAAGUUAAUUGAUAUCAUGCAAAUCACCAUGAUAACUGAAAUUCAUUACACAUAUUUAUAACAUAAAAGAUCUGUGGAAAAUUUAUUCUUCAAACCUAUCCACAAGCAAUUUCAGAAUUGUUACAAAUCAACAAAUAUUCAACAAACACUUAAAGAAUAAAGCUUGUUGUUUUCGAAGAUGCUUAAAUGAUGGGUGGCCCCCAAAUGCCCUGGUACGGCCGAGAGUGUGGAGAGUCCGCUCUCCCUCUCGAAAUGCUCUCACAUGGCCACGCGAAUAUAUAGCCUCUGCUAGGGAAGUUCUACUCACUGUUUUCUCGUGGCACCGGUGUUUUUUACGGAAUUGAGAGGAUGAAAAGCGAAUGUCCGUCGCUUUAAACUGGUUGGUGGACAUGGAAAGUUCACCUAGGGGAGUUGGAAAACCAUGAUUCCAAACCAAUGGUGCACAUGGGCUCCAGCAUCCUGAGGGAACAAAUGGCAAAUGAACCAAUCGUUGGUCACCGGCUACCAUGGGCUGCAUCUCCUUACGAUGCUCC